GCUAGUACCCGGUGAUCUAAUUUAACACAAGCCCCCACCUCAGGGACAGUUAGCUUCAGCAGGGCGCUCAGGACUCGCGCUAACCGGUGUUUGGCAGCCGACGAAGGGACGCAACAAAGAUGUCUAAAGACACUGAAGGGAAAAGCGAGAAAAUUAUGGAUAUGGAGAGCAAGGUGCUGUGGUACCCGGACUCCAAGAGGAACACACAGAUGGACAAGUUUAGGAUACAGGUCAGCGGGGACUACGGACUUAAUCUGGUUAACUACAAUGACCUGUACCAGUGGUCGGUGGAGAGCUACCCAGAGUUCUGGGCAGAAGUGUGGCGCUUCUGUGGAGUAGUCGGCUCCAAACCAUAUGAGGAGGUGGUGGAUGUAUCCAAGCGGAUCUCAGAUGUUCCCGAGUGGUUUAAAGGGGCUCGGCUUAACUACGCCGAGAACCUGCUCAAACACGCAGACCAGGACAAAGUGGCUCUAUACGCUGCAACGGAGGCAAAUGAGGAGAUUGUGAAGGUCACGUUUGGGGAGCUCAGGCGUGAUGUGGCGUUGUUUGCCGCAGCCAUGAGGAAGAUGGGAGUCCAGACUGGAGACAGGGUUGUAGGCUACCUACCUAAUGGUAUCCAUGCAGUGGAGGCCAUGUUAGCAGCCGCCAGCAUCGGGGCCAUUUGGAGCUCCACGUCUGUCGACUUUGGGGUCAACGGUGUUCUUGACAGAUUUUCUCAAAUCCAGCCCAAACUGAUCUUCUCUGUUGCCGCUGUGGUUUAUAACGGCAAAACACAUGACCACAUGGAAAAGCUGACCAGUGUUGUCAAAGGUCUGCCUGACCUAAAGAAAGUAGUUGUGAUUCCCUACGCUCGCUCCAAACACGAGACUGACCUCUCCAAGAUCCCCAACAGUACAUUUAUAGACGAUUUCUUGGCGUCCGGGCGCGGGGAGGCCGACCAGUUUCCUCAGCUGGAGUUUGAGCAGCUUCCGUUCAGUCAUCCUCUGUUCAUCAUGUACUCCUCGGGAACCACAGGAGCUCCUAAAUGCAUGGUCCACUCUGCCGGGGGCACACUUAUCCAACACUUGAAGGAGCACAUUCUCCAUAGCAAUAUGACCAGCAGUGAUGUCAUCAUUUAUUACACUACGACUGGCUGGAUGAUGUGGAACUGGCUGGUGUCUGCUUUGGCAGUGGGAGCCUCAGUGGUUUUAUAUGACGGUUCACCACUAAUGCCCACACCCGAUGUACUGUGGAACCUGACAGACCAGCUGGGAAUCACUAUCUUUGGUACCGGGGCCAAGUGGCUGUCUGUGCUGCAGGAGAGGAACCUGAAACCCUCGGAAACACACAACCUCCAGUCUCUCCACACCAUCCUGUCAACUGGCUCUCCUCUCAAACCUCAGAGCUACGACUACGUCUACCGCUGCAUCAAGAGCAACGUGCUGCUGGGCUCCAUCUCAGGUGGCACAGACAUAGUGUCAUGUUUCAUGGGCCAAAACCCAACAGUUCCAGUGUAUCGGGGCGAGAUCCAGACAAGAAACCUCGGCAUGGCUGUGGAAGCCUGGGGCCUCGAUGGUAAGCCUGUAUGGGGGGACAGUGGGGAGCUUGUCUGCUCCAAACCAAUCCCCUGCCAGCCAACACACUUCUGGAAUGACGAGAAUGGGAGCAAAUACCACAAAGCAUACUUUUCUACAUAUACUGGUGUGUGGGCUCAUGGUGACUACUGUAAGAUCAACCCAAAGACGGGAGGCAUUGUCAUGCUGGGCAGAAGCGACGGUACACUGAACCCCAACGGAGUCCGAUUUGGCAGCUCAGAGAUCUACAACAUUGUGGAGGCGUUCGAGGAAGUGUCAGACAGUCUUUGUGUCCCUCAGUACAAUGCCGACGGAGAAGAGCGAGUUAUUUUGUUCUUAAAGAUGGCUCCUGGUAAGCCCUUCUCUCCGGAGUUGGUGGCAAAGAUUAAAGGCGCCAUUAGAAAAGCUCUGUCCGCCCGACACAUCCCUGCGCUGCUGCUGGAGACCAGAGACAUUCCUUACACCAUCAGCGGGAAGAAGGUGGAGGUGGCUGUGAAGCAGGUGAUCGCUGGCCGGGAGGUGGCGCAGAGAGGGGCUUUCUCCAACCCCGAUUCACUGGAGCUCUAUAAGAACAUUCCUGAACUGCAAAACUAUUAAGAGAUGAGGCUUCACAGAGCUGCAGAGAGGACCCACGACAAGGAACCACCUGAUGAGAAUUCAGCUUAGUUUUUAAAAUUAACUUCAUUCAGAUUUACUAGAACAGGGAGACAUGCAAAGUGCAGUGCAAAAAGGCACUCUGAGCUUUUGUACAGGGCAUAAAAAGAAAAUAUAUAUGUAUGUCAAAAUGAUGCAAAAUUUGGUACAAAAAUGUGUAUAUAUGAUAAUAAGUCUAUGGUACCAGGCAGAACUGGGAUUUUACAAACAUGAAGGGUACUGCUCCAUAGGCUAGAUUACAAACAAGCGGUCAAGCAGCCGCUCUUAGUCCGCCAUGUUGUGCGAGUAAAUGUUGAACUGGACUCAGCUUUGGGUGUAACGUGACGUGCUUAGCAUCACUUGUGAAUAAGCUCGCGCUCCGAAGCCACCGACAAUGGAGGAGUGAAAUUUGUCAUUAAGCGCUUUGCUGUGGCCUCACAGUCUGAUUGCUAUCAGCCAGUGAAGAACCAUAUCUCCCUGUGUCACCUGCUUUAACCGUGGUGUUGUUUCUGAGUGGGUCCCAGGCUGAAAAUCCAUGGAAGUGUGCAGAUAAACACAAACACAA